AUGCACUGCAUGUUCUAGUUCCAUUUACACACGCCAACUCCUUUAAAAAAAGUAGUCUUUUUAGGCCAAACUCAUCACAGGCAUGAGCAUUCAACCCCUCCAUGGAUCUGCCUUCAUUCUGCAUCUUCUUCUUCAUCUCUCUCUUUCUUCUUCCUCAAUCUUCAUUAGGCCAACAAGCCUACUAUAUCGAAUCAUCUGACAAUUGCAAUGAAACUACAGCUCUGUCAAAAGGGUACCGCUGUAAUCGCCCUCAGAUGUCAUGCCAGUCCUUUGUUUCCUUUCAGGCUAAGCCACCCUACGAUUCGCCGACCGCCAUCGCCUCUAUCUUAGGCUCAGAUCCCUCCAGUAUAGCCUCAAUCAACAACAUCCCAUCCACCCACAAAAUUUCCGACAACAAAACAAUCAUAGUUCCAGUCUAUUGUUCUUGUUCUGGCAAUAUCUUUCAGCACUAUGCUUCUUACAAUGUUGUAGCAGGUGACACAUAUUACCUUCUAGCCAAGGAAGUUUACACAGCCUUGUCGACUUGCCCGGCCUUGAUUGGCCAAAACUACUAUUACCCUGUAGAAAUUCCUAUCGGUGCAGAGCUUACAAUUCCAAUUAGAUGUGCAUGUCCAAGUGAAAACCAGACAGCUGAAGGGGUUAGUUCAUUGCUUCUCUAUAACGUGAUGCCAGGGGAUUCCAUUGGAUCAAUUGGAGAGGCUUUCGGGGUUACUCAGAAAAGCAUAUUGGAGGCAAACAUGCUGUCUGAAAAUGAUACCAUCUACGCUCUGACACCUCUACUGAUUCCACUUCACAGCAAGAAUUGCAAAGAAAAUCCAGGAAGUUUUUAUUGCUAUUGUCCUAAUGGGUAUCUUGCAUCCCAGGAAGGUAUCCGGUGCAUUCAGCGACGUAAAAGACUUUCAACAAAAGUUGCUGUUCUAUUAGGUGUUGGCAUCGGUAUGGGAUUCUUGUGCCUCUGUCUUCUUGGUUAUUAUCUGUAUAGAGUUGUAAAGGAAAGAAGAAACAGAAUUCGGAAGGAGAAAUUGUUUAAGCAAAAUGGAGGGAUGUUGUUACAGCAAAAGUUAGCAUCUAAUGGGAUUACUGAGAAAGGAAAGAUAUUCACUGAGGAAGAACUCCACAGAGCCACAGAUAACUACAAUCAGAGUAGGUUGCUUGGUCAGGGAGGCUAUGGAAUGGUUUAUAAAGGUAUGUUGCCUGAUGGUAGCAUAGUUGCUGUUAAAAGGUCGAAAGAAAUUGACAGAAGCCAAAUUCAGCAGUUUGUUAAUGAAGUAGUCAUUCUGUCACUAAUAAAUCAUAGAAAUAUUGUGAAGCUGCUAGGAUGUUGUUUGGAAACGGAUUUUCCUCUCUUAGUGUAUGAAUUUGUUCCUAAUGGAACACUCUCCCAACAUAUUCAUGAGAAAAAUGAAGAAUCUACAAUUACAUGGGAGCAACGGUUAAGGAUUGCAUGUGAAGUGGCCGGAGCAGUAUCUUACAUGCAUUCUGCAGCUUCAUUUCCGAUAUUUCAUCGAGAUAUCAAGCCUUCGAAUAUCCUGCUAGAUGAGAAGUACAGAGCAAAAGUGUCUGAUUUCGGAACUUCAAGAUCAAUCCCAUUUGAUAAAACUCAUUUCACCACUGCAGUACAGGGAACUUUCGGUUACUUGGAUCCGGAGUAUUUCCAGUCGGGUCAAUUCUCGGACAAAAGUGAUGUAUAUAGCUUUGGGGUUGUGCUUGUAGAGCUGUUAGCCGGCAAAAAACCCCUCUCCAUUUAUCAAGGUGAAGAAGAAGAUAGAAAUCUAGUUUCGCACUUUAUUUCUUCAAUGAAGGAUGACAGACUGCUCGACAUCUUACAUCCUAGAGCUGCAAAAGAAGGUAGUAGAGAGGAUAUUCACUGUGUUGCAAAGCUUGCAAUAAGGUGUUUAAGAUUGAACGGGAAAAAGAGACCGACAAUGAAAGAGGUGGCAAUGGAGCUAGAAGGAUUGAUGAAGUCCCAAAAGGGUUUACAGGUUGAACAAGAUUCUGAUAUAUUUAGGGAUGAAGUUUCCUUUGUGCCUUCUGGUGGUGAAUCCACAGAGCAGAGCUUUCUCAUCUCCUUUGAAAUGGAGUCGUCAUCCUCGGUAUAAUAAACGUGUGUUGUGGAUAUAUGUAUCUUCCAAAGACCUGUAUCACUGUCUGAUAUAUAUCUCCAAAGUGGAAUCUCAUGUCCCUUUGAUGUGCUUCUGCUGCUGCACGGGUGACGAAAGGUGGCGAGAGUUUCUUUCAAGACCAGUUUCAAAGAAGUCUUCCGCGUUGUUGCUAUCAAUUCUGGCAAGUCUAAUUAUGCUGGGAGCCUUUCUGACCGUGUUCAUGGCGCUGCGCUUGGAAAAACUAGUAAAUUGAGCUUUUAGCAUCUGCUGUCAAUAGAAUUUAUCAUAUUGAUGACCUGUGUAACAGUUAACGUGCUGCUUAUAGUUUUCUUGAUUAAGCUGAAUGUUGAGAUGAAAAACUUUUUCUGGAUCAACAAUCCUAUAACAGGCUAUAUAUCAAGAUUUAUUACAGAAGAUUCCUUA